AUGAGCAAAAAGACCCACGCGUUUCGCCGGUCGGGAGCCCAAGGCCUGAGCGACGAUCGCUGUCCUGACCCCGACAUCAACGCCCUCGGAGGCUGGGAGCAGGGCGAGAUGCGAAAAUCCUACGUCGUGGGAAUUCCGUUCUUGCCUGUGUUGAUGAUGGCCGGAUUCAGUGGGGAACCGGGAGAUUACUACAUUGGCAGAGCGCACGCCGAGCUUGACGACCCUAAGGAGUGGGAGGAGUUGCAGGCCCUCUUCAAGAAGUUCAUCUUCCCGCGCCUCGAAUCUCAGUUGGCAGAGGAUGCGAUCUACAAGCUCAACUCUACGCGGAAGUACCAGAAGAUCCUCGUAGAGAACAACUUGUUCCGGAUGGAAUGUGGUCAGAAGGAUCACGAGAUUGGAGAGCUGAAGAACAGGCUCGCUGCAAGCGAAGAGAGGGAGAAAAAAACAGCCGCUGAACUCGAGCAGCUCAAACAGGAGCUGGCUGCUCUAAAGGCGCAUGCCCCGACCAACGCUAACGCAGAGGCUGCAGGUCCAGGGACGAGCGCGUCGGCAAAGGUGGAAGCUGGUUCCGAUGCUCCGAAGCCCGAGAAGCCACAAGUCACCACUCCGGUGCGGGCAUUUUUCGACCUUGUCGUUAAACCCUGGCGCGACUCUAAGACGGUCGCAGAGGCAUGGGAACACUGGGUGAAGGUCACUUUUUUUAUGGACGGAAAGACUCUCUCCCAGCUGUCGUCCGAAAAGGAUUUCUACCCCACUUUCUCGUAUAUUGAGAAGGGAAAAAAGGAUGAUACUGACGACAAAAAAAUGAAGCGGAUGAGGAACGUGAUGCUCACCGUCGAGAAGUACAGGGCUAAUGAAUCGGAGGAGGCCACCCGCGCAGCCAUUGCGAAGAUCCAGAAGGACGUGGUGGAUCGGAGUUCGAUCAGCGCUCUGGCAGACGGCGUGAUUUUCGGAAAGGAGCCCCCACCGAAGAGGGAUAAUUCCGGCAAGGAUAAGACGACAGAGAACAAACGCCGCACGGUCGGGUACCUCUUCUUCGCUGCCAAGAUGGAAGGUGACGCGUGGGGAGAGACGAUGUUUGGGAAAGAUGAUUGGAAGCAGAUCAAGAUCGAGGAGCCAAAGAUGCUGGCUAAACUGAAGAAGUAG